AGCAUCCCUGCACAACAUGUGAUCAAAAGGCCGACAACAUUUGUUUGAGGUCCAUCGUGUAGGCAAAGAAGCCAGUUGCAACUUUUUUGUCCCGGAACCCGAGUUUUGCAUCAAUUCUAGACCCGGCCUUACUGUCUUCAGAUUCACCAACCCAUCGCCCAAGUCAGGAGGUGGCACAGGGAACAAACUGCAUAUUGCGUAACAACCCUAGCCCGCAAACACGAACACGCAGUCACCGGAUAAUGGCGGCUCCCGAACCCUCGUCCACGUUCCCCACGGAGACGACUUCUCUGCUGGGCGAACAACAGGCCGAACAUGAGGGCGAGCAGGAAGCCAGUCACCAGAACACCUCCAAGACUCAGCUGUACUCGCCCAGACACCUGCUGAUACUAGUUUGCGCGUCUAUUGUUGCGGCCGACUUUGGCAAUUCUCUGGGUUAUGCUCCUCAGCUUGAGAUAUUCGAGUCGAUUAUCUGCAAACAACUCCUUGGUCUUGGACCCACCCCGAAUGGAGACGGACGUUGCAAGGCACCGACUGUGCAAGAUGAGCUGGCUCUUCUGAACGGCUGGAAGGACACUUUCGACCAAAUUCCCGGAAUUGUUCUUGCCUUUCCCUAUGGCCUGGCUGCCGACCGGGUUGGCCGCAAGCCGGUCCUCCUUUUGAGUCUGUUUGGCCUCCUCUUCCAGGAGGUUGCUACCCGCCUGAUAUCCUGGUUCAGCAUGUUCGACAUGGUGCCCCUCAGAGCUAUCUGGUUUACACCCGUCUUUCAGAUUGUCGGUGGUGGCCCAGAGAUUGCAACUUCAAUGGCCUAUGCUAUGAUCACUGAUCGGUUUCGACCCGACCAACGAGCGUCUACCUUCUUCAUCAUGGCCGCCGCAAUUCUCCUGGGUGAGAUCCUGGCAACCCCCUUGAGUGCGCUGCUGAUGUCGUGGUCCCCUUGGAUCCCUUCAUUGGCUGCUCUCGGCUGCCAAUUUUUCGGAUUGCUCGCCGCUAGUUGGCUGCCCGAGACGCAGCCGCCGUCUACGACAGGUGACAUCGUGGAUGUGUCGUGCGACGCAAAUGGCAACGGGACGUCCACAUCAGGCCAAGACCCCGAUCACUCUUCCGGAGGGUCUAAUUGGACCGACUCCUGGGCCUGGCCAUGGGAGAAGCUAGAAGGGCACAAAUUGCUGAAUCCAAACAUGUUGUUUGUCGUUGGUGCCUUUCUGAUGGCCAGCAUAGGGAGGCAAGCGGUGCAACUCAUCGUCCAAUAUGCCUCCCAGCGAUUCGAGUGGAGCAUAGCCCGCGCCAGUUUGCUCAUCACGAUUAAAGGCGUCAUCAACCUAGUGUGCCUGCUCGUCGUCUUACCAAAGCUGUCGCUUAUGCUGAGCCGGCGAAUGUCACCGGCUGUCAAGGAUCUCAGGAUCGUGCAGGGAAGUGUGCUAUGCCUCACACUGGGUGCCACGCUGAUGGCGUUCUCGGCUCGAGGCGGCGUAUUCAUUGCCGGUGUGUCUGUCCUCGCCUUGGGCUGGGGUUUUUAUUCUGCGCUCCGCAGUCUAGCAAAUGCCCUUGUUGGGCCGUCUCAAGUCGGAUUGAUCAACACCAUGAUUGGAUUUGCACAAAGUAUUGGGUCAAUGGUCGCAGGUCCGGCCUUGGCCGCUGCCUUUCAGCGCGGAACCGCAUUGAAAGGCAUUUGGUCGGGUCUUCCUUACAUGGUAGCUGCAACUCUUUUUCUAACUGCAGGUUGCUUGACUUUGGGUAUACGUAUUCAUCGGAAACAGGACGCUAUAGAACCUGAGGAGGUGAAUGAGGCACCGAUUUCAGAGUCGACGCAAUCCUGAGAAAUGUACAUCAUGAGAAUUACGAUAUUGUUGACAGCAUUGCAAUUAAUAACUGUCACCUUCAUUUAUUCGAAGAGCUUGGAGAGUGCCGAU